AUGGAAAAUAACAGUAACAAUAAUCGAACGUCAGCUAAUGCAAAUUCAUCAUCUACAACAACAAAUACGAAUACAGCAACAUUAAAUUCAACAUCAAUGGUAUCAACAUCAGCACAGCCAUCGGGUUCAACUGCAACUGUUCGACAGAGUCAUAAACGUACUUUUGCCGAAUCAGAUUCAUCAUCACGAACUGAACGUCAUUUAUGUUCAUUUUCACAUUUAUGGAUUAUUAAUUAUUUGUCAUCGUAUGUUGAAGAUUCUAAUUUUACUUGUCUCCAAUCUGAAACAUUUUCACCUGUUAAUACCCCUUAUUCCAAUACUCAUUGGAGUUUAAAAUUAUAUCCGCGUGGUUUAAAUGAAAAACAACAUACGAACAAUAAUAUUGCAAUAUUUCUUAAAUAUGUCAGUGGUACAAUGCCGAAUAUAAAAGCAAAAGCUGAAUUUAGUGUUGUCAGUCGAAAUAAUGAACUUGUUAUGUUACGAUCCACAAAUUUUCACACAUUUUCCUCCGGAAAUGAUUGGGGUUACUCAGAAUUUCUUGAUGGAAACUAUUUAAAUUCUCGUCGCAAUGACCUUUUAACCGAUGAUCGCCUUCGUGUUUAUGUUCGUGUAAUAUUAGUCGAUGAAAAAGAAACCACUACAGGCGAUAUGAUUCAUUCAUCUCAUCAGUAUCAUCAUCAUCACCAGCCACCCUCAAUUUUGCCUCCUCAGUUACCUCCAAAUCCUGCUCAACAACAACAACAACAACAACAAAUAAGUAAUAUUCCGAAAAACCACGCUUCAACAUCAUCGUCAACAGCAUCAUCAUCAUCAACAACAACACCAACAACAAAUUCUAAUACGUCGAAUGCAUCAUCAACAUUUCCAACAGUUGCAUCUGGUUUAUUUACGGAUGAUAAAGAGCGUUUUAAAUCAUUAGAACUUCUAUCAAAUCAAAUCAAAACGCUUCUAGACGAUGAACGUUUUACUGAUGUCCGUAUUCAUGUUAUACCAAAACAAGAACAAAAACAAUCUACAAGUGAUGAUCAUCGAAAGUCCAAUCGAUUGAAACGAUCACUGAAUAAUAAGCAACAACAUCCAUCUUGCUCAUCGUGUCAUUGUGCGCCAGAAAAAAGAAAAUCUAUUUCAGCAAAUAAUGAACGAAUAUUUGAUCAUCAUCAUCAUGAACAGUCAUCAUCAGUUACUUCUAAAGAAUCUGAUUCUAAUGAUUCUCGUCCAUGUCAAACUUCUUUAACGCGUCGAGCAACACGUUCAACAACAUCUUUAUUGUCACGUAUGGCUCAAAGUUCAUCUGAAACGAAUCAUUUCUCUUUCGAUCAUUCGACAUCCUCUCUUGAAUCAUCAUCAGAAACUUGUUCAUCUUCUUCCACAUUAUUAUUAACUCCAAAAUAUUGUUUAUGUACAUGUCACAAUCAAGACAAUAAUGAUCUAGAAAUCACUUACGAUUUACAACAAUCUCAUAUACAAUAUUCUAAUAUAACACCAUUAGCUACAUUUCAUACUCACAAAGCUGUAUUAGCAGCACGUUCAUCAUCAUUCGCUAGUCAAAUACGUUUAAAUAAUCUCAAUGGAUCAACUCAUAAUUAUAAAUCACCUCCAAUUGAUUUAUAUAUUGAUGAUCUUGAACCAUCAACCGUUCGAGCAAUACUUAUUUACAUAUAUACCGGUCGUUUACCAACAUCAAAUGACGAAAUAAAUAAUAAUUUAAAUCCCAUUGAUUUAUUUCGUGCUGCUGUUCAACAUGAUUUACAUGAGUUACGCGAUUUAACUAAAUCUGCGAUGCUCGAUGUAUUAAAAAUUGAUAAUGCUAUUGAAAUGCUUGAAGUGAGCGAUCAAGCCAAUGAUGUUGCACUUAAACAACAAGUUUUGGCAUUUAUACGUUCAAAUGCAUUAGCUGUAUCAAAAACAGCGAAUUGGAUAAAUUUCACUAAACAUAAUCCACAUUUAAUAAUUGAUGCAUUUCGUUCUCUCGUAACACCAACAACUACAAAUACAACAAUAGCUAAGCAUAAUAAUAAUAAUAAUAAUAAUAAUUUAAAUCAUUAUCAUCAUUCGACGACGCUAACAACAAGUAAAUAUUCAAAAUAUGAUUGA